AUGAUUAGAGGCAGAAAUGUCCAAACUUUCUUUGAUAAUCAGAGAAAAUGGCAAGUUGUUAGAGAAUCAAGAGAUUCAAGCUACUGUGUGUAUGACAAGGAUAUCGCGACGGGUCUUGGAAUCGGUUCUUUCCUNGUCUUAUUGGCGAGUCAGCUCUUCAUAAUGGUGGCGAGCCGAUGUUUGUGCUGUGGAAGAGCCUUGUCACCAAGUGGGUCUAGAACCAAGUUCGUCAAAAACUGCCGCUCCUCUUGGGUGAAGCAUUUCGAUAGGGAGUAUUGUAGGAACAAGAGAGUUCAAAGGCUGUUGGAUGAUAAAGACGAGAGGAAAGGUCCAAUGUCACUACCUCAGCCUUACACUUUCAAGCCCACUCCUUCCAAUUAG